AACCUAUUUUUCAACCACCUCCCAUAUCAACCACCCCCGGUCUCUCGCCGCGAAAACUGCCAGAGUACCGCAAUCAUGGCAGACAACGCUCCCCCGUCUGCAGAGACGCUUCUCAAUGGCGCCGCUGCCCACCCUCCUAAGACCGCCGAGGAAAUCGCCAAAGAAUACGAUCUCCUCCCCAAGUUGAUACCUUACCUCGACCGCCACUUGGUUUUCCCUCUCCUCGAAUUCAUCAGCGGCCAGGAUGAUGAUAACCUCGAGCUUACCCGUUCCAAAUAUGAACUGCUCAAGCACACCAACAUGACGGAUUAUGUUGCCAACCUGUGGCAAGAGAUCAACAACUCAGACACAAUUCCCGAAGAGUUUGUGAGGAAACGAGAGGGCGUUCUUGCCAAGUUGCAGCAAUACCAAGAAGAUUCCGAAAAAAUCACCGAGCUUCUGCAAGAUGAUGCCGUUGUUGGAAACCUUCGGAGCGACAAGGUCGCCAACUUGAAGUUCUUGGAGGAACAGCAUGGUGUUACCGUGGAUAUGGUCAACACUUUGUUCGACUACGGCCGAUUUCAAUACAGCUGCGGUAGUUACGGAAAUGCAGCAGAGUUGCUCUAUCAGUUCCGCGUUUUGUCUACAGAUAACGACAAGGUCUCGUCCGCUACAUGGGGAAAAUUCGCUUGUGAGAUUUUGACCACCAACUGGGAAGCAGCCAUGGAAGAAGUUCAAAAAGUCAAGGAUUUGAUUGAGACUCGCUUGUUCAACAAUCCCCUCGGUCAACUACAACACCGGUCCUGGUUGAUUCACUGGUCUCUUUUCCCAUACUUCAACCACGAACCCGCCCGCGAUGUUCUUACUGACCUCUUCUUCUCGCCCGCUUACAUCAACACCAUCCAGACCAACUGCCCCUGGAUUCUCAGAUACUUGGCUGCCGCCGUUAUCACGAACCGUAGCCGCGCCCAUAAGAACACCAGCACGUACCAGAAACAACUGAAAGAUUUGAUCCGUGUUGUUCGACAGGAAGGUUACGAAUACUCAGAUCCCAUCACGGACUUUAUCAAGGCAUUGUAUGUAGAAUUCGACUUUGAGGAGGCUCAGAAGAAACUCGGAGAGGCGGAGGAGUUGCUGCGCUGUGAUUUCUUCUUGGUGUCAGCCGCAGAUGCCUUUGUCGACGCAGCUAGACAUUUGAUUUCUGAAAGCUACUGCAAAAUCCACCAGCGUAUUGAUAUCAAGGAUCUGUCAACCCGCCUAGGUUUAGGUCAAGAUGAAGGCGAAAAGUGGAUUGUCAAUCUUAUUCGCGACACCCGAGUCGAUGCAAAGAUUGACUACAAGGAGGGAACAGUCAUCAUGAACCAUCCUCCUCAAUCAGUUUACCAACAAGUCAUUGAGAGGACCAAGGGUGCUUUCUUCAGAACUCAAGUUUUGAGUGCGGCGGUUGCGAAAUAGGAUCAAAGUCUAGAACAGCAUGAUCCAAUGGUCCAUUAACGGUUGAUUCGGCCAAAAAAAAAAAACACAAGCUGCGGGGCUUCCAUUCAGGCAGGAGGCAGGCGUUCAGGUUGUCCCUUUUACGUUGUCUUGUAAAAUUCCCUUUCACUCAGUUCACAUUCCACACUUAUGACCUUCCCAAAGCCUUGCAUUUUUACCGAGGUGGAAAGUUUCGCACUGGACUCUUUGAGAAUGCGAUUUAUAUAGCGAUCUCGAAAAGUUGGGGGGAAGUACAACAUUUCUGUAUUCCUCUUUAAUGAUGAAAAUUCUUCUUCUUUCGAUGUUAGAGUGUUGUCCGAUUUUGAUUGCCCUGUUGCAAGCCAUGAAAUUGGAUUUUCGAGUGAUGAUGCAUUGACGGGGAUUAUGUAUGUCGACAUGGUUUUAUGAGAUGCACUAUAGACAUGUCAUGAAUAA